AUUAUCCUCCACUUUAACUCAAGUACCCCACAACACAACCUAUCAUUCACCAAUUCAAUUCAUGCACACAUCUUAAUUUUAUUCUUCCAAAUGCCAUCAUUGUCUCUUCUCUUCUCUCACUCAUCUUAAUUCUUCUCAUCCAUCUCAUCCUCUUCUUAUUCUUCAAAACCAAAACAAAAUUCUUACCCAACAUUUAAUCUUAUCUCAAACCAGUUUUCCAACCAAAGUUGUUUUGUGUCUGCAAAAUAAAUGGCAGUUUCUGGGUCUGAAACGGAGCUUCGAGUUCAAGCAACUAUGAUAAAAACAACUAUUUCAAGAAGCUGGGUUUUACUAGACCGUGAUGGAAGAGACACCGUAUUAGAUGUUGAUAAGUAUGCUAUUAUGCGUCUUGUUGAAAUUAACGCAAGAGAUCUUCGAAUUUUGGACCCUCUUCUUUCAUAUCCUUCCACCAUUCUCGGUAGAGAAAAAGUCAUUGUUCUCAAUCUAGAGCAUAUAAAAGCUGUUAUCACUGCUGACGAGGUAUUGGUUAGAGACCCAAUGGAUGAUGAUGUUAUACCUGUUGUUGAAGAGCUUCGAAGAAGGUUACCCCUAAAGGUAAGUUUUGGUGGUCAAGACCAAGGAGAAGAAGAAUCUUCAAUCGGUGAACAAAAUGAAUUUCCCUUUGAGUUUCGGGCUUUGGAAGUUGUGUUAGAGGCAAUUUGUAGUUUCCUUGAUGCACGGACAAGAGAGUUAGAGACUACUGCUUAUCCAGCUUUGGAUGAACUAACCUCUAAGAUUAGCAGUCGCAAUUUGGAUAAAGUGCGAAAAUUAAAAAGUGCAAUGACUAGAUUGACCAACCGAGUUCAAAAGAUAAGAGAAGAACUAGAAAAUUUACUUGAUGACGAUGAUGACAUGGCUGAACUUUACUUAUCAAGAAAGUUAGGUGUUUCAUCCUCUCCCUCAAGUAGCUCCAGUGGUCCUAAUUGGCAUCAAAACUCUCCAAAUCAAGGUUCAAAAAUACACAAAUCAAGUAGAGGAAGUGCUACAACACUUCAAGAGGAGAAUGAUGUUGAGGAGCUUGAGAUGUUACUUGAGGCCUAUUUCGUACAAAUUGAUGGCACAUUAAAUAAAUUAACCACGUUACGAGAAUAUAUUGAUGACACAGAAGAUUACAUCAACAUACAACUUGAUAAUCACCGAAAUAAAUUGAUUCAGCUAGAGCUUUUCCUAAGUUCCGGGACUGUUUGUUUAUCCAUAUAUUCAUUGGUGGUUGCAAUAUUUGGUAUGAACAUUCCAUAUACAUGGAGAGAAGAUCACGGAUAUGUAUUUAAAUGGGUGGUGAUUUUUACCGGAAUGGCUUGUUCGUCAGUUUUUUUAUCCGUAGUAUCGUAUGCUCGACGCAAAGGUCUUGUUGGGUCUUGAAAUACAUAAAGAUCGAUGUGAGUUGUUGGGGGCACCAAAAUUAAUGAUACUAUUUUUUUUUGGUUGACAAUAAUACUAUAUUUGUUGUAUCGUGUUACUUAAUUUAUGCGCACAAUAGCUUGAUUUAUAAUGGCUUUUAGUUGUGCGCAAAAUAGUUAUUAAGUGAAAGUUGGUAAAGAUAGAAUAGCUUUUUGUAGAAUAAAUUAUUUUUUCAGAUACAUUGUAAUUAGUGUAAAAUUCAAGUUUUUAUGCUUUCUUGAUUAAGAGGAAAAGACAAAUAUUUUUUGCCUUCCCCGAAUAACAUAAGUUCAACUGCCA